GUUUUUUUGAUUCUCCUUGAAUCGAUCGAUUCUCGAAUUCUCGUUCAAGUUUUCCGACGGAUCUGCAGAGAUCAUCGAAAUCAUCUUCUUCUGUCUUUCAACGAAGAAUCACGAUUUCUAUUUCGAGAAACGGACACCGUCGAAAAAAAAAAACACUCCCCAUAGAAAUCAGAAUCGUUCUUUCCCGCAAAACCUUUGCGUCUUUAUUCUCCUUUAUUCAUUCGGCCGGUGUGGAUAAUCAGGUUACCACUUUGGAGGGUGGUAGAGAGCCGAUUGCUCGAGCAUUCUCGAGGCCGUCGAGGGUGAAUCGGUUCGAUCGAUCCUGAUCGACGCCGCUCGUUUCUGAACAAUCAGAAUCCCGAAGAACACAUCGAGAGCGCUCUCGUGGCCGUCGCUAACUUCUCGUCGUUUUUUUUUUGUCUCGAGAGCCACAGGCUGAUCACGCCUUCGAAUUUCGAUUCUUUCGCCCGUUUUUCAUCCCCCUUUGCCCACUCGAACGAUCGUAAUCUCGGUCUUGGACAAACUACUUUGAGAAGCGUGUUGUCGAGGAGUGAAUAGAAACGUUGUUUCGCUGUUUGGAAAGGGUCGUUCUUCUUGAUCGAUGAUUGGUCAGGUUUUUUUUUUGCUUUUAUCCGUGGUUACGAAUUCUCGAUAUCGGGGUGAUUUUAAUUAUUCGUGAAUUAAUUUAACGCCAUUAGAUUCAUUCAUUUCUUUUUUAUUGAAUAUUAAUUCGAUAUAUAGUUUAAAUUGAACAAUAGAUGUUAUUUUACGAUGUGAUUUAAUAUUAUCGUGAUCCAUAAAUAAUAUUUCAAUUUCAAAUAGCAUUGAUUUAAUUUACACAUUUAAUAAUUACAUCGGUGAUUAUUUCAACUCGAUAAUGUCAAUUUUAAUUAAGAAAAGUUCCCGUAUUUCGAAAUAAUUCUGUUAAAAUUCAUCGUUUGCUCCAUUUCCUCUUGUCAAUAUUGUACAUUUUGUAAUCCAAGUUCUAUUUAAUUCCUUCCAUAAAUAAUGAAAUACACAUCUAUCGAAUUACAAGUGAUAGAGAUUAAAAAAAUUUUCAGGUAAAGCUAAAAAAGUUCUUACGUAAUAACACGAAACUUCAGCAUUUUAUUUAAUUCUAGUUACAUUUUAAUUAAAGUUAAGAAAAUUCGUCACAAGUCUCGAAAUAAUUAUUAAAAUAGAUGUAUCGAGAGGAUAUUGUCUAUUUUAUAAAUCUAAACAUCUCUUAACAUCUUUCGAAACGUACGUGCGAAAUGAAAAUUGAAAGAACCGAUUUAAAUCUAACAUAAUCCGCUAAGUGCCAACUUAAACCGCUCGAAAUAGAAAACGUUCGUGAGACACAUCGAUAUCAUCAGCAUUAACCUAUCUAUAUGUAUAAAACCGUGUCACAAUAUAUUCGAAUUCUAACUAUCUUCCAUUAAUGCAAAACCACUGUAGUAACACGUCACAAAACGAUCACCGACGUAGAAACGGAAUCCACCUGUCCACCACUGUUCACCGGUUAUCCUUCCCCCACCCAAUCACGAAACACACCACCAACGACGGUGAAAUCCCAUCCAACCCAAACAUAAGUCACCAGCACUCACGUUCCCCUUCGUAAAGAAGGAAUCGGUCUAACCUGGCCGGCGAGGAACUAUCCACGGAGAGAAUCCCCCGAGCGGAGCGAGUCGCAAGCAAGGAGCGAGAAAGAGAGGCAGAUAGAUAGAGCGGAUUGGAAGAAAAAGAGGCGAAAGCGAGCGAAACAGGGUUAGUAAAGACACACCGCUGUGUUCUCUCGGCCGAGCUCUCCCUCGAGUGGGGAUAACUGGUGUGAGCGGGAGGGCGGGAGGGAGGGAGGAAGAGCCGAUCGCGGCGCGGAGAGAGCGGCGAGGAGCGAGGCACGAACUUACGCCCGGUUGCGCGCAAACUCGACUCGGCUCGUGAAGUUUCGCGAGAUCUCGGCAAUCCCUCGCUCCCGAUUGGCGACGCUACGUGCGCCGGGGUGCAAAGAGCAGGGGGUAACGUUUGAAAGCCGCGUAUACGCGGCGACACGACCCGGCCGCGGCGACGGUGGCGGUGGAGGCCUACGCGGGCGCCGCGAGAGAGACACUACUCUCAGUUGUGUCAAGCUAGGCGAUCGAGUAGGACGCUCUUUAAUCGUUCCCGCCUCCGAGUUACUCUCUCACGUACACACACACCGCCUCACACACACACUCCCACACACACUUUCUCCUUCUCUCUUUCUCUCGAAAACCUCCCCUCCCCCUCCGUGCAGGUCGCGGCAAACAGAUCUCCAAGCCAACGCGACACCAGUCACACACGUGCACACAGACAGACACACACGCGCGCCCGACCGAUAUCUCUCAUCUCUCCGUGUCUCCAGCAGAAAGUAUACACACGUAAUAUACGACCAAGUUAUAAAAGUCCUCCUGUCCGACUACGAUUGUCUGCCUACUGCGUUGUGCGGGUCGCCGUUUGCGCUCCUCCGUCUCUUCAACUCUCGACGUCGGUGCCCACUUAGUCCUCCACCGAUCGCCCGUGGCUGUCCGGUACCUACUCUCUGUCUCUGUCUCUAUCUGUCUCUCUCUCUCUCCCUCUCUGCCCCUCUCUCUCUUUCUCUCACUGUUUACGCCUGCCCGUGUCGGUGGCCACACGCGCGCGUCAGCCGGCCGAGGAGAGAGUCGAUCUGACGCGGACCAACCCAACGACGCUAGUGUGAAAACGGUCGACACGUGAUACAACGUGUGCACGAGAGCCUGUCUAAAAUCUACAUUGGCCCCCCCUCCCCCCUUGGCCGAGGCCGUUGCCGAGCCACGUUCAACCAGCAGCUGUCGCAGGAGUGGCACAUGUAUGCACCGGCUCUUUGAUCACAGUCUCACUGCCCUCCCCCGUUGUCCGACCGUGUGUGUGUGUCUGUGUGUGUCGAACGCGAGUCGUCCCCGUGCCAGAGGCAGCCACCGAGGGAGCCGGUCGGGGAAACAAGGGGAGAAAGAAAACAGAUAAGGCUUCUUCCUAUAUUGCCAACCGAGCGGCCAGUGUUUCAAGGUCGCGUGCACAGCCAACUCGAGCCUGUAUCGGUGUUUACGGUGCCGUCGAACGGUAGAUAGAAAGAGAAAGGGAGAAGGAGGCCGAGGAAUCUGGAGCAGGAGGAUCAUUUAAAGCUGAACGGGCGAGAAGAGGCCGGCGAACGAGGAUAAAAAGAGGACAGAGCUCGCUGGAAGAGUCGCGAGGCCGGGAUAGAGAAUUAUAUUUUUGUUUUCCGCGGCGGGCCGCGAUUCGUCGGUGCUAGAGAGCGCUGCUGUUAGUCGUUCGGACGUUGGACGUUUUUGCGCGUCUACCUGUACAGAGAGAUUAAACGAGAAGAAAAAACGUGCGCGUCUACGUUAGGUAGAUUACAAAGAGAGAGAGAACGUCGAUAUAUUUCCUCGUUUUUAGAUAUAUACGCAUUGUUCCCCCCCUACCCCUUAUGUGUAAGUUAAUUAGGAUUAAUAAGAAGUAAAAUAAGUAUAUAAGCAAAAGAGAUGGUCGCGCGUGAAUAAUGAGCGACCGAUCGCACUAAAGAGAAUCGCGUCAAGACAAUCAAGCACAGUAGUGGGUUGGGUAUAAUAGAGAGGAAUCAUUUAAAAAAAAAAAAAAGGGAUCGAAAGGGAAGAGGUGGAAAGUAGCUACACGCGGUAUUUCCCCUCCCCUGCGGAUUAUCGAGUGAAAGAGAGUAAACGAGUAUUCGUGUCUUCAUGUGAUCUCCAGCCUCUGUACUACUUCUGUACACGCUCUAUAUAUACACACACACAUACACACACACACAUAUAUAUAUAUUAUCUACAUAGAUAUUUAUGUAUAUAAACUUCUACAUAUAUAUAUAUAUACACACAUACGAUAUAUAUAUAUAUAUUAUAUAUAUUUACACUUAUAUACAUACGUUUAUAUGUAUACACCCUUCGCACAUAUCCGAUCGUUGGGCCUCGCCAGCUGAUCCUCAUCGGAAGUAGAGCAAGGCCCGACCGUCUCUUCCCUAUCUGCUCCUAUUUUCCAGGGGCGUUCUCUGUCAAUCUUCGUGACAAUCAUUUUUCAGCUAGCUCUCUUAGCUAAAAAUAAAUACUUUGGUGACUAGGUGAAUCUCUUUAUAAGAAGUUGAAAUCCACGAUCCUCCGAGGUCUCUUCGAGGGGGAUCGCGAUUACUUAUGGAAGGAGGAAAGAAACAAUCACGAGAAUCCACGUACCUACGACGUUUCAAUUAACGUGCGAGCGAGUCGUGCGAGAGUCAUUACUUCGUCUCUCUUCAACCUCCUCGCACACUCGACACGCACAUACACGUGUGUGUGUGUGUGUGUGUAUGUGUGCGUGUAUGUGUGCGCGCGCGUGCUCCUCCGUGUCUCCGCGCGCGUGUACAUAUGUGUGUAUGCAUGUUUCCAUGCGCGUGUCUCUACCGCGUGCGUGUGCGUGUACCGUACCACCCCUGUUUUUACCUUCGCACGGCGCACAACCAACCCCCUCCAACCCCCCUCUAACUCGCUCACACAUCUUGACAAUCAUCUAACGUAUUUCUAACAGCGGAGCGAUCGCUCAUCUAGGCUAAUCGUCUCUCGUAUCUCACUUAAGGCUUGAAUCUUGCGUCUUCUGGGUGUAUCACGGGUCGCCGCCUCGUGUGUCUCGCGUGUCUGUUGAACCUUCCCCCCCUCGUGUACGUGCGUUUGUGCGUGUGUGCGCGUGCGUGUCUAAUAGUACGGUAAGGACUUCAACGGCGACAGCCCGUCUAAUCUGAUUCAGACGCAGCGCUCGUGUUAGCUCUUAAGGUAUACCUCCCCCUCCCCAAUCAGGCCCUCAGAGCCCGCUCUCCCCCCCAUUCUAGAGGCACUCUAACGUCUCACGUCCGGACGACUAGGCGCGCGUAACGGGGGAAAGAAAGGAAAAGAAAAGAAACACUCGUAGACAGAAGAAUAGAAAUAGAAAGGGGUGUAAGAAAUCGAAGCGAUCUAAACGGAUGACAAUCGGCCUCGCGGUUCGAUUCUUGUGCGCUGCGAAUCGAAUCUUGGAUCCCGUUCGGUUGACCAUCGAUCAUCCCAUCAUCGGUUAAGAGAAGAGAAGAGGGAAAGAACGGAAUCAAGUGGCCAAACUGUGGUGGCCAUCGUGCGAGUCAGGGCGAACGGCAAGCAAGACGGAAGCUCGCCAUCAUCAGGCAUCGUUGGAACGCGGCUGGCCCGGUGAGGAGCAACGAGGCAGGUUGUUCUGGAGGCUGCACUCGUUGGGCGGCCGCGGCUUGUUCGUACCCCAGUUAGGGAACGGCAAGUGUUGGUUGGCGGAGACGAUAGGCGCCGACGAGGCACGAUCCUCCAUCACCACGUAUUUUCAUUCGUACCCGUUUGUCCCGGGUGGUGCGGUGUCCCUGCCUCCGCCCCUGCUGAACAGCAUCAACAACGCGGCGGCAGCAGCGAUCACCCCCGGCCUGGUAGGACACCUCUUCGCCGGCCAGCAAGCCUGCAACAUUGGCUGCACCUGCACCUGCACCAAUAUCGCCAAUUGCAAUCCGCACCACCAUCAGCACCACCACCAUCAGCAGCAGCAGCAGCAUCAUCAUCAUCACCAGCAGCAGCAACAGCAGCAGCAUCACCAUCGGCCGCUAGCCGCAACCACGGUCCUCCUGCAACCGGUCGAGCACAUCAAAGACACCAUGGUGAGUGUCCCGGAAUUCCAGUACGCUCGAGGGGCGGGCGCGUCCCUGAUGAUGAGGGGUAGCGACGAGCUUUUGUCGCAAAGCGGAGCAGUCAGCAAUGGUGCUGCAAUGAGUCCACAACCACAUCACGCGGCCGAUAACAACAAUGACGCCAAGAAGGUUAAACUCGACAAGAGCCACAACGGCAAACUUUCGAGGGUUAUCCACAUCAGAAACAUCCCCAACGAAGUAUCGGAGGGUGAAAUCAUCCAUCUUGGCAUCCCCUUCGGCCGUGUCACAAACGUCCUCGUUCUCAAAGGGAAAAAUCAGGCGUUCCUGGAAAUGGCGGAUGAAAAUGCUGCAGCGACGAUGGUAAAUUACUAUGCCUCGUGCAUGGCCCAACUCCGUGGCAGAGCAGUCUACGUUCAAUUCAGCAACCAUCGUGAACUCAAAACGGAUCAAACGCACACCAACAAUGCGAACUCAAACAAUCAAGUCGCGCUUCCUGGACAGAAUCAGGUGGCUCAGACACAAGCAGAGACCCAAGGGGGGCCCAAUACCGUUCUCAGAGUCAUCGUCGAGCAGAUGGUUUACCCAAUUUCCUUAGACGUGCUCUAUCAGAUAUUCACACGUUUUGGCAAGGUCCUGAAAAUCGUCACUUUCACGAAGAACAAUACUUUCCAGGCACUAAUACAAUACGCCGACAUGCUGUCAGCGCAAACCGCCAAACUCUCGCUGGAAGGACAAAACAUAUAUAAUUCCUGUUGCACGUUGCGCAUCGACUACAGCAAGAUGCAGAACUUGAACGUGAAGUACAACAACGACAAGUCGAGGGAUUAUACCAACCCGUCUUUGCCAACUGGCGACGCGAAUUUAGACGCGGCAUCUCUUGCCCUGGGCGGCGAACUUCUUCCACAGUUGUUGAUGGGCGCUGGAUCGCAGCCUCGUGCAAGAAUACCCGUAGAGUCCAUUGCAGGGGCACCGGGUGUGCUGCCCACGCCCUUUGCGGCCAUGCACGGUCUACCCUCGCCCUUAGCAGGCCCGUACAACGGGGUUCCACCUGCCGGCGGAUUGGCUGGCCUCGGUGGGUUCCCUUUGGGUGCAGCUGGCCUUGGGGUACGCGUCCCCACCAAUGCGCAAACCUCCGCUGUCCUGCUCGUCAGUAAUCUCAACGAAGAGAUGGUCACGCCUGACGCUCUCUUUACCCUGUUUGGCGUUUACGGGGAUGUACAGCGUGUGAAGAUUCUCUACAACAAGAAGGACUCGGCACUGAUUCAGAUGGCCGAACCGCAUCAGGCGCACUUAGCACUGACGCACAUGGACAAAUUGCGAGUAUUUGGCAAGCAGAUCAAGGUAAUGCUCAGCAAGCAUCAGACGGUUCAGUUACCGAAAGAGGGCCAACCAGACGCUGGAUUGACGAAAGAUUACACCAAUAGUCCUCUUCAUCGGUUCAAGAAACCAGGCUCCAAGAAUUACCAGAACAUUUAUCCACCAAGUUCCACUCUGCAUUUAUCAAAUAUUCCUACAACUGUUACCGAAGAGGAGAUCAGGGAUGCAUUCACCAAAAAUGGCUUCACCGUGAAGGCAUUCAAGUUCUUCCCGAAAGACAGAAAGAUGGCGCUUAUACAGAUGCCAAGCAUGGACGAUGCUGUAGCUGCUUUGAUCAAAAUGCACAAUUACCAGUUAAGCGAGUCCAAUCACCUCAGAGUGUCAUUCUCGAAGAGCAACAUCUAACAAGAAUCACAAUUAAGCAACCUGCAGAAACCGCGAUCAAUGAGAAGGGGACCCAAGGUGAUCCAAAAUUUUAAGUGAAACUCCCAAUGUUAAAAGCGUUGAAAAACCUGUUAAAAACCAAAAACCUGUGCGGACCAAGGAAAUUCGGGGUCUGGUUCGAGCCACGCAGUAGACAAGGCUUAGUGUCUACAGAGGUUAUUAGGAGUAAAUAAUUAAACAAGAGACACGAUGCUACGUAUUGCUCGGAAGAAGGCCUUUGAAAUGGAAUGCGGAUUUCAUUGGUUAUCUUCUCAUAGACCAAAUACAAUCAUAAAAAUAGAGAUACGUAUUGGGCCAAAAAGUCUGACACCUUACUUUUACUUACAAAUAAGAUCUUAUAGCAUUGCGUUUAGCAAAUGGCGAGCAAAAGGUAAACAAAGGUCACUUCCUUUUAUCUCCAAAAGACUUUUUCCCGGCAACACGUGGUAUCUGUACUUUCACAUAAUUGCAAACACCCACGCAAACACGGACAAACCAUCGCACACUAUGUUAUACACCCUGCAUUACAUCUUCAGACAUCCUCAAACACACUGAAACACACUCAAGCAAACUUCAAUAUAAUACAUAAUAUAUAUAUUUGAUAUAUCGCAAUGUAACAGGUGUGUCCAAAAGUGCGCAGCGGCUACAUCCCAAUAAUCUAUAUUUUAUUAAUAACUGAUAAGGACUUAGGAUUAUCGACGUUAACGGUUUAUGGUAAUCGAGAGCUAGCAGAGAGAAAAAAAAAAAUUAAUCUAUUACGAAUCUGUCGUGACACACGCGGUACAUAUACAUAUAUAUAUAUAUAAAUAUUAUAUAAAUUAGAGACACGAUGAUCUGAGCACGACGAACCGAAAGAACGAAAGAGAAAGAGAGAUAGAGAACUCGUGAACACGAGAGAGAUAGAGUGAAUGGAAGCGAGCGAAUGAGCACAAUCCAGGGAAUAUCAAAGAGUUAAGUAUGAUGAUAAAUAUGUAUGUGUGUAAUCCUCCUGUUGAAAGUUCAGGAUAACGUAGUACGGUGGUUUGUAUGCCUAAUCGGGGCCUUAGGCGUCGUUCACACCAGAAUUCAAGGGAACCAGCUUUGUUCGAUUAUUCUUCGCCCAUAAAAAAAAAGAAAAAAAGAAAAAAAAAGAAAAAAGGAGAGAAUGAUAGGGGAAGAAAGGGACGAUAUCUCACGCUAUUCGAGCAAGCUUUUCUCCACGAUGGCUGUUACGCGAAUUAAAUAAAUGACGAUGAAGAGAGGAUCACUAUAACCAAUUUAGCAAGAAGAAAUAGAGAAUCGUUGAAGAGACGUUGGACCGAUUCGAAAGUAUGUUUAUCUCGAGUGAUCUUCUUCUGCAUCUCUUCUCCUCUUCUAUGAUUUUUAAAAAAAAAAUUUCUCCGUCGACAACAUAUCAUUGUGCUUUUCCUUCGAAAAGACACACAUCGUGCUUUGGGCAUCGAUCCAACGUUUUCUCUUUUUUUUUUUCUUCUCUCUUGUUUUCCAAGAGGUAUAGUGAUGCCUCGAAUUAGAUUUCGAUCAAGAAUAGCGAUUUGGUGUGCCUGUUGAGUGAUUCUGUAAUCUUCUUACCUGCUUUUCUCUUCCACGGUCGCUGUAAUUCACGUUAAAAAGGCUGGUCAGGGAAGAAACGUGAUAGAAUAUCGGUUUUCCGGACAAAAAUAUCGGUUAACCGGACUUCUAUCCAUCCGGUUCUAUCGUUAAUUGAUAUCGUUACGAUCGUAACGUCGAAUAAUAAUUGCCAAAACGCGACGAAAAAGAAAAAGAAAGAAAGAAAAAAAAAGAGAGAGAGAGAAGAAUAUUAAAGAGCGCAUGAAAGUAGCAUACAGCUGUAGGGAAGAGAAAGCGGAAACUGAGCCUAAUUAAUUAAACGCGAAGAGUUUCUCGACGACCCCAUCGAAUUUCGAAAAAAAGAAAAAAAAGAAUAGAAAAAAGAAAAAUGAAAAAAAAAAAAAAGAAAAUAGAGAGAAAGUAACGAUCUCGAUGAUCCUUGCUUUGGGAGAGGAGCGUUCAGUCGCGAGACACAGAGCAUUAAAGAAUUAUCUAAGGUUAGCUGUUAAGUGGACGAAACAAAAAAAGAAAAAGAUUUAAAAAGAAUAAAAAACAAAACGUGACACAACAUACGACACAUACGACAUGACAAAAUACAAGGAAACAAACGCAUACAUGCAAAAAACAUUUACAUUUAAACGUUCACACAGUGUACACACGAUUUAGCGUGUUAGACUCGUGUAGUAGUCCCCUUAUCCCCUACCCCCUUUCUAAUUAAGCCUCCAGAUCUUAACGAGUACUAUAAUGUAUAGUUGAACUCGACAAUCACUCGACUCUCUGUAUUGAUAAUUCUCGAGGGGAGGAAACAAAAGAAGAUAAGGAGAAAAAAAGGAAAAGAAGGAAAGAUAGAAAGGAAAAGCAAGAGUGGAAAGGAAAAAUGAAAGAAUAAAAAAAAGGAAAAAAAAAGAAAAAAAAGGGUAUCCCUGAGCCGUUGGAAAAAGCUGCUACUAUUCUUGAGAAAAUUGUUAUUUCAAGUAUCUGCUGGGAUUUUUUCGAGUUCACUAUCUAUUUCUACUUCUUUUUCCUUCUUCGAGCAUUCUUCUCGCCUUUCUCGACGUCACUUUAUAGGAAAGUGGGAAUUCUCUUUCGUUGCGCCACAUUUUUACGUUCCUUUCUGUGAGAGUUUCUCUUUUGAAUUUGACCCUUUUUUUCUUAUUUUGUUAGAAGUUCUUCCAAUCUUUCUACAAUUGUCAAUUGAGAAUGGAAAAUAGUAUUGUACGAUCAGACCUUAAGUCAAUAUGAAGAAUUUUUCUGAAUGGAAAUGAGCGAAUGUAGCGAAAUGUUAAGCUAAUGAUAGAAUGCGUUUUAUAUAUAUAUUAAAAAGAAAAAAGAAAAAAAAAAUAAAAAAAAAAAUAAAUAAAAAGCGUGAAAUCCGAGAUGUAUGAAUAUUCUCUUCACGUAUAAAAGUUCGAAAAAUGAAUGAACAGAGAAAAGGAAAUAGAUAGAUCGUGUAAGAGAUUUUUUUCACGUGGAAGAUAUAAUCUUUAUACGAUAGUACGAAUUUUUGUUUUUCAAGAAAGAUGACAAAGAUGAGCUAAGAAUAACUAACUUUUUAAAGAAAAUAAGAAGAAAAUAAGAAUCGUUACGAUCAAAUCAAAAAUAUAUUAUAUAAAAAUGAUGAAAUUAAAUUCUAAUUCGAUCGGAAGAACUUCUAAUCCAUUCUUAGUGAGAGGAGAAAAAUAAAUUUGAUGAGGAAUAAUGUAUCGAAUAAAAUCGAUUAAAAAUCUUUUUCGUUUCGGAACAGAUUGCUAGAAUUGUUAUCAAAAGUAUCACGAGAGAGACGAUCAAGGGAAUCGGAAUCGUGGGCCAGGAAUUGCGUUGCAAGUCACAAUCAGCUCGCGAGACAAAUCAAUUUUUGCUUUUUUGUACACGGAGAUAUACACGUAGUAAGAUACCGCGAUGGAUUAUUCGCGAUUUGUCCGAGCGAGCGCUUUAAAGGUUAAGCUGUUUCAUAGUAAGUUUGUCGUUAGGGGAAAUCGGUUGUGUCACCCAGAAGACCCGGGAUGAUUAGUGAUCGAUGUCCACUGGACGAGGCAGAGGCAACCAGAGACUCGUUUUCUCGUCGAUCGAUCGUCGUCGAAUCGAAUGUGUCGUUUUUUUUUUUUUUUGUAACAAAAAUCGAUUUUUUUUUUAUUCCUUUUUAACCUCCUAUCUCUAGCUUUUUAUUCGACGUAUUAUUAUUCGAAUGGGCCACCCUUCUAAGAGUUGAUCCAACUGUGGUGUCCUGAUAGACACUCUAGAAGUAGAUUUUUUAACGAUCACGGAAUAUCUAUGUUUUUUUAGACGUCCGUUUCUUUCGGAAAACAGACUUUGGAAACAAUGGAUCGUUUUUUGAGAUUUGAAGGAUUGAAAUUUUUCAAUGAUCGAUCAGAUAUGGAAAUGGAAGUUUGAGUUAUUACAGCGCUGGUAACAGGAAGACCCGUUCCAGAUAUUAUUUUACAAAGAAUAUGAUUUUUAAACUUAAAAUAAAAAUUUAGCUUUUUAAUCGAGUUAAUAAUUUUUUUUCUUUGUUUUAUCAGUUUUAUUUGACUCAGUGGAAAAAUUGAAAAAAUUGAAAUUUUAUUUUUGUUAUAUUCGAUUUAAAAUAUUUUUAAAUAUAGAUUUUCAUGAAGGGAAACAAUGUUUUAAUCUUCCAUUCUCUUUCAUCGUGUUAAAGAAGUAAUAAAAAAAAAAUAAUAAUAAUUUUAUUACGCUACAAAUUUCUGUAUCUUUCGAAAUUUUCGAAAAGAUCUGGAAGGGUCUCGAAAUUCAAGAAAAUUCACUUUCCAUCUCGAGUCGAAUAAAUUCCCAAAUGCGUAAACUAUUUAAAAAAAAAAAAAAAAAAAAAGAGGAAAA